CUGAAAACCUGAGACGCCAAAGGAUCGACUGAUGCGGUGGAUGAUGUGCUAGUGCUUGGGUCUGAGUGCCCUGCCAGUGGUCCGACCAUAGCGGUGGAACGCAGGUGAAACGCAUUGACGAUGCAUGAAAGGUAUGUGCAUCAUCAAUCGACGCGUCUGCUGCGAUAAAAAAAAUCCGGUUUAUUUCGCAGCGCUAUCCUCGGCAACGGGUUGCUGUGAUGACGUCUUAUGACGAGGAAAGCCGAGGAUUGGAUGAUUGGACGAAGGCAAACACGAUACUCGGUAAAAGCUUUGCUAGCAAAUUGCGUACUGCUGGAGACCGCCAGUGCAUAAUGGUUCCGUGACAAAGUCAUGACACGCGUAGAAAGUCCGGGGCGAGACCCGUCGCGCUUCACAGAUCUUCGUUAGCGCAUGUGGGUGGCACGAACAGACUCGGUAACGCAUCAAAGUAGCGGUUCGGCGGAGCCACCACCGAUGCAACGAGCGCGAUGUUACAGUGAUGCUACGCAAGCAAUCAGUCAGGUGAUGAUCGUGAACCAGGGAACAGAAGAUACGCAAAAAGACCUUUCAAAAAGGGGCAAAUUACAGAGGACCUCUUAUGUUCGAAGAUCGGCAGGUCGUGUCACAUGGAAGUGA